GCAUGCGCAGUGGGAAGUGAAAGUCUUAACGAACAAACAACAACAGCGGUGUGAGUGAAACUACUGUUGAUAACCUCGAUGUUUAUAGGUGUAGAAUUCCCCGAAAAAUACUGUUAAAGCGAAACGAAACACUAAAUAAAGCCGAAAGGAAGGAAGAGAAACCUUUGAGCUUCGGAAGGAACAGCUGACAGAGAGACGUCACGGACACUUUGCUUCCUGUUGUGAGUGUGGAUAUGAAAUGUUGACAAAAAUGUCGUUAAAACGGCAACCAUCGACAGGCUGAACCACCCGGACCCUGUGUGUCUACAGCCAGGAUGUCUCUGACUUCAGGCGGUUGGGCACCAGGUUUUACGCAGGACCAACAGACCCAGGGCCAGACCCCCGCCCUCCAGGGUCUCCAUGCCGGGGCCCAGCACCCUCAGCCCGGUUGCCACACCGUCCUCGCGUCGGUCCGGGUGUCGGUGUGUCACUCCGGGAUCCGGCCCCUGUGUCUCCCCGGGGCAGGAGACAUGUCUCUCCGCCUGCAGCUCAGCAUGGACCCGGGGAAGUCCGGGGAAUUCCGUCUGUCGCUCCAGCAGGAGAGCGGGGGGGUCGGCCGCAGCGUGACCGUCACAGAGUUUGAUCUGAGGAGCGUGAACUAUGAGGUGAAGUCACCAAAGUGUCACGAGCUGAGUCUGGCGGCGCCUCCUCACGACCGCAUCAGCUUCAACUUCCGCUGCGAGGUGGACGCGCAGGAGUGGGCCACGGUGGUGCUGUCAUCACUGAGGGAGACGCACAGAGUCGCCCCUCACCACUACAGUCCACCGCGCCCCCCCGAUGCGCUCCAAUUUGAAAAAACAACAGCCUUGCAACGAACAGCCCUCUAGUGGCUGUUUGGAGGUAUGGCAACAUCCUCUUCACACUGUGUUCACCUGUGUGGGGUUGUGUGUGCUUCGUUCUGCAUGCGUGUGUGUGUGUGUG